ACCCAGCAGACGAGUGGCUGAGCCAGGAUUAGAACCCAGGUCCUCCUGCCUCCCGGGCUCUUUCCACCUGCCUGACCCCGCUGCUUCCCCUCAACGUUUCUUCCUUCUAGGUCCAACAGGGCUGCCGGUGACGCCCGUGGAGUCCAGCAUGGGCCUGGGUUCCCCGUGACGCCAGCCCCUCGCCCCCGCCCCACCAUGCCCUGGGACGUGAAGAGGCAGAGCAGCGGCCCCGGCAGCCGCGCCCAGGAGCGGGCCCAGAAGCAGUGCAAGAAAUCCUCCUUCGCCUUCUACCAGGCCGUGCGGGACCUGCUGCCCGUCUGGUUCCUGGAGGACAUGCGGGCCACGGAGGCCUUCCACUGGGAGGAGGGCGGCACGGCCAGCACCUACUCGCCCUCCGAGGCCCUGCUUUACGCCCUGGUCCACGACCACCGGCCCUACGCCCAGUACCUGCUGGGCAAGUUCGCCCAGCGGGCGCUGGCCGUGCCCAGCCCGACCUUCAGCUGCUGCCAGGCCCCGUCCCCUCACCUGGCCAUGGCCGUCCGCUACAACCGCGUCCACAUCCUCUGCCGCAUCCUCCGGGCCGUGCGGGACCUCCCGGCCGGCGAGCGGGCCGGCUACCUGGACCGCCGGGGCUGCGGCCGGGUGGAGGGGGGCCAGACGUCGCUGCACGUGGCCUGCGAGCUGGCCCGCCCCGAGUGCCUCUUCCUGCUGCUGGGCCACGGGGCCUCGCCCUGCCCGCGGGACGCGGCCGGUCACACGCCGCUCGACCUCGUGCUGCAGCGGCUCGGGCGGAGCUCGGGCGCAGCCCCCCGCGACCAGCUGCUGCUGCUGGACCUGCUGUUCCUCUACGUCCCCCACGGCUUCCCCUGCCCCAUGCGCCCGCAGCUGCUGGAGGAUAGGCGCCACUGGCAGACCCUCGUCGGGGAGCCCAAGUUCCAGUGGCUCGCCGGCCUGGCCCCCCCGUCCCUCUUCUCCCGGGCCAUGCAGGUCCUCGUCCGGGCCAUCUCCCCCCGGCACUUCCCGGAGGCGUUGGAUCAGCUGCCCCUGCCCGCCUUCCUCAAACCCCUGGACCUGAAACUGAAGAGCUAGGGGACGGCCCGGAUGGCCGGCUGAGGGGGCCCGACCCGGGUGCGAAGCGACCGUUGAAGCUGCUCUUCCUGAUAAAUGUGCACUUGUUUUAAGCCGAAAAGACUAUUUUUCAAAGAGUUGGAAUGGCACUUUACAUCUAUUUUAUUAAAA